AUGGCCCUUCCAACCACAGGACGCGUUAUUAUUGACACUACAGCGGGUGAGAUUGACAUAGAACUGUGGUCAAAAGAAACACCGAAAGCAUGUCGAAACUUUCUGGCUUUGGCUAUGGAAGGGUAUUAUGAUGGCGUCAUAUUCCACCGGGUUAUUCCUGGAUUCCUGGUUCAGACUGGGGAUAGGACGGGCACUGGUGCAGGUGGAGAAUCGUUCUACGGAGAGCCUUUCGAGGAUGAGAUACAUCCACGAUUGCGGUUUGCCCACCGAGGUUUGGUGGCUAUGGCCAACAAUGGAACAAAAAACUCAAACGAUUCACAGUUCUUUAUCACCCUCGACCGUGCGGACGAACUGCACGGCAAACACACGCUGUUCGGUCGUGUUAUAGGAGAUACUAUCUUCAACGUGUUGAAAAUUGGCGAAAUGGAGCUUGACGAGAAUGAACGACCACUAUAUCCCCCCAAAAUCAAGACAAUACGCAUUAUCGACAACCCUUUCCCAGACAUCAUCCCCCGCAUCACCGCAGAGGAGAAACGCACACAGCAACGCGCUAGAGAUAAGUCUCAGCGCGAGCGCGAGGAAGAGCAACGGCGCAAGGGAGCCAAGAAAGAUGUGAAGCUCCUGAGCUUUGGUGCGGAGGAAAGUGUUGAAGAGGAGCCUGUCACAUUCAAGAAAAAGCCAAUUGUCCGCCCAGAUCUGCUCGAUGUACCAGAUCAGCUUGUGUCCAUCCCCGGCUUGGUCCCUUCACGUCCAAAAGAGAAGGCAUCAAAGGUGCAAGGACUUACAUCCGUUGUGGAGACAAGCGCCUCUGAGAAGAAAUCCUCCAAGGACGACGCGGACAUCACGAAGAUCCGCGAGAAGCACGCUCGCGAGCAAGCAGCGCAAAGUACCUCCCGCCAAACCGAGAUCGCCAAGAUGGAAGCCGAGAUCCGCAAGCUCGCACAUCGAGGCGGAGACGACAGCGAUGACGAGCCGGCACCAAAGAAGGCGAAGAAGUCGUACCUCGCUGAGGAGAUGGCGAAGUACACCAAGGGGCGUGGCGCCCACAAGAAGGGCAAGCGGCGUGACGAGGACGACGUCCUCGCAGCGCUGAACAGCUUCCGCACCAAGUUGCAGGGCACCGCGCGCGAUGUCGAGCCUGAGGCCGCUGCCGAUGUUGAAGCGGACGCCCCAGUGGGCGAGCCCGCAGAGGAGGCCGCCCCAGCGGCGGAGGGAGGUAUGGAGGUCGACGACGAUACCGCGUUCUUAUCGCAUGCCCUGCAUUUCCCGAAGGACAACAGCGAGGAGGUGGCCAAGGCUGAGCGGGACUACGAGGUCAUCGAUCCCCGACAACGGGGCGCGCGGGCGCGGGAAGAGGAGAAAGAGCGGAAGCGGGCAAUGAAGGCGAAAGACGGGAGGCGGGGAUAUAGGCGGUAG